CGCUGCUUGAUGGGAAUUCAGGUUUUUCCAGUCUGCUCCUGUUUUUAACCACAGCAGCCUCCGUCGCUCGCUCAGUCUGAAGCAGCCAUGGCCUCCAACACUGCGACCAUGGGCAACCUGCCCAGCGGCGUGGGGAUCUGCACCACCAUCCCCGACAUCCUCUACCUGCCGGAGCUGGUGUUCGGUGGUCUGGUCUGGAUCCUGGUGGCGUGCACGCUGGUGGUGCCGGCGAACCCUCAGGGCUGGGUCAUGUUCGUCUCCGUCUUCUGCUUCGUCAUGACCUUCAUCUGGAUGCUGGUGUUCGCCUGCGGGGCGCAUCGCAACAGCGGAGGCUGGGCGGCAGCGGACUUUGCGUACCAUGGCUUGGCUGCCUUCUUCUACCUCAGUGCUUCAGUGGCUUUGGCCAAAGUGACUCUGGAAAUGAAAGAUGGCGACAUCCUUAAAAACUACCAGCUGGACAUUUCUGCGGUGGUCUUCUCCUACGUGGCGACCCUGCUCUACUUCAUCCACACCAUCCUGUCUGCCAUCCGGUGGAAGUCCUUCUAGAAGUCUUUCUCUGGUAUCUGCCGCACAGCCGUGCUAACUGCAUCAGGACAAAACAUAUUUUAAUAUAUAUUUUUUUACACCUGUGAAAGUAAAGCCAUGGCACACUGGAAAGAAGGGAAGGCUGGUGAUGGAGAACCUCCUGGUUUGGUUUUCCCUCUGCUGGGAGUGGAAGUGAAGACCAGGCAGAGGUGGGCAGAGUGAGCAAAACUGUACACGAGUAAAAGUUACUUUAUAUCAACAAUUACUCAAGUAGAAGUAAGAGUAUUCAGCAAAAAGUAAGAGUAAUUAAAAGUAGUGAAUAACCUCAUACCAUCCCAGGGACAGGCUGGGACUAGAAGUUGCACCGGGACGAUCAGCCGGCGGUCCCUCUCCAUAAGGUUGACAAAAUGCACUUAAAGUAAAAAAACUACUCUAAAGAAUUUCCAGAGAUGCAUUUGCAGAGAUGUGCUUACUCCUGCAUAGGCUACAGGGACAAACUAGGACCAAAAGCCCCAGUGCAGGUUCUCCACAGCCCUCAACCUGAGCACCAUCACACAGCAUGUAAACACCAGCCCGUCUAACACCACCACCUGUCUGCAUCACAGUGAAAACACCAGGGAUGAACCCAGGGUCGAACCCCCAAACACCCAAUGUUCAACCUCACUGGACCACAUAAAGCCCAGUGAGGUGGACUAUUUUUUUUUUUUUUUUUUUUUUUAGCAUAAAGCCAGAAACACAAAUGAACAUUUAAUUUUUUCCCAAUGAACAGUACCACAUCAUCAGCAUAUGCACGAUCUCAUCACGCUGUUGGCAUUCCCACAGUGUUUUACAGCACCGCACUGCUUUCGACAUUUUGCACACUGGCAAAGUUUCAUCCCAGGAGGGACGGGACAGCAGCUUAUAGCUCUGCAGCGUCCCACAGCUCAGACCCACUGUGUUCAUAUCCACUGCCAGCUGCUCCCGUUUGUGUCACCUGCAUCUGUUUUUAUAAAAACACUCCAACAGAUCGACACACAGCGACCAGCAGCUAACAGGCUACCGUGAGGCUAACAAACAUUAGCAUUUAUCACAUUCAUCAGCCUUUCCCAAACCUGUAAAUAUGAACGUGGCGAACACCGAGGACAGGAAAACAGAUAAAAGAACAAAGAUGUAAGUUAAGAUGUAGUUCACCGAUGAUCUACAAAUCCUCGUUUUGGAGGGAAUCUGCUGCUUAGCCCCGCCCCCUCUGUUGAUCUGGACUGUACUGAUUGUUUCUGUAGUCAAGUUUGAGUUUGUUUUCCUUUUAUUAAGUACUUUAGAUGGCGUUCUGCUUAAAGGUCUGAUGUGUCUGUUUUGUAUUUUUGUAA